AACUAGGUCCACAGGCAAUUCACACGCGACGCGAACGUCUUUUUGACUGGUGUUGGUGACAUUGUUCAUCAUUUCCUUAAACAGCAGCCGCAGGCAGCCGGCACAUCCAGAGCCUUUGACGUCCUUGACUUCCAACCACUUCCUUUCUCCUCCUCCUCUUCUUCUUCUUCUUUCUUCUCCCCUACAGCCUCCAUCUCCACUUGGUCAAGGUCAACUAUCCCUCCUCCACCACUGCCGCCGCCGGCGUCUUUUCAUCUUCUUGUUUCUCAAUCCUCACCAUUCAUUGAACACCCCCUUCAUUUCCACGAUCUUCUCUCUCUUAGUGUGUGUCUUGCUAAUUCACUCACGAUCAACCUGGAUUGUGGCCUUACCUCCGGGGAAAGCCCCUGGAGCUUUCUCCUUGCCGCCCCAAUGGGGAUCCUUUCCAAUAUCUGCACCUGCCUACGAAGAGCCAACCACGCCGAUGCCUCCCCCACGGACGACGCCGCUCACCAAGAUUCUUCCGGUUUGUUUUUCAAGCUCGAGGCGUUGCAGAUUGCCACUAAUUUUUUCUCCGACUUGAACCAGCUUGGUCGCGGCGGCUUUGGUCCAGUAUACAAGGGAUUGUUGCCAAAUGGUCAGGAGGUUGCCGUCAAGAAGUUGUCUUUGAAUUCAAGACAAGGGCUGAGAGAAUUCACGAAUGAAGUCAAAUUGUUGCUGAGGGUACAGCACAAGAACUUAGUCAUGUUGCUAGGGUGCUGUGUGGAGGGACCUGAAAAAAUGCUUGUCUACGAGUAUCUGCGCAAUCGGAGUCUCGACUACUUUCUUUUUGAUAGAAAGAAAUCUCCACUUCUUGACUGGGCAAAAAGAUUCCAAAUGGUGAAGGGUAUUGCCAGAGGUCUUCUCUAUUUGCAUGAAGAAGCUCCGGAAAGAAUCAUCCAUAGAGACAUCAAAGCCAGUAAUAUCUUACUCGACGAUCAAUUAAAUCCAAAAAUUGCAGAUUUUGGUCUGGCAAGGUUGUUUCCGGGGGACGAGACUCAUCUAAGCACAUUUAAGAUAUCUGGAACUCUCGGUUAUAUGGCUCCUGAGUAUGCAAUGCGUGGAUACUUGUCCGUGAAGACUGAUGUCUUUAGUUUCGGAAUCCUGGUUCUGGAGAUUGUUAGUGGAAGGAAGAAUCAUGAUCGCUCGCUUGGUUCUGAAAAGGCCGACCUGCUGAAUUUUGCCUGGAAAUUAUUUGAAGGUGGGAGGGCGCUGGAAGUAGUGGAUGCAACCCUUAAGGCAGGUCGAUGUGUUGAGGAUGAGGCGGCAAUGGCAAUGUGCGUGCAGCUGGGACUCUUGUGCUGUCAAGGUAGGAUUGUGGAGAGACCGGAGAUGCAUGCAGUUCACCUCAUGCUGUCAAGUGAUUCAUUCACUCUACCACGGCCUGGGAAACCUGCGGUACACGGGCGUGUGGGAGGGUGGACAACCGCCUCCUCUAAUCCUUUCACGGAGAAUGCGUAUGCCGGCAGCACAGCCACGGUGACGAUGGGUGCCACCGCCAAGGUCUCGACAACAACAAAUAAUCUUUCGGAGGACUUGUCUACAAAUUCAAUGUCCUAUUCGUCCAUAGAUGAAGGCAGAUAGGUAGAUAGAGGAUACCAUGUGUUGACUACUGACAUGCAUUGUGCCCGCUCUGUCUAGUAGUAAUAUUUCUUAUGAAUACAAUUGGGUAAAAAGGUAGAAUGACCAUACAUCAUACAUACGUACGUAGUAGAUGCGAUAAAAAUUGAUAGAGGGAGUUGUUAAUGGGUGUCGUCGACCCUUGAUUGGGUAGGUUGGUUUCUUUAUUUUCUGUGUUUUUUUCUUUUUUUCUUCCCGCCGAGUGGAAAGAGUAUACAUAUUAUUAUACA